AUGGUCGCUAUACCGAUUUCGGGGACAAGUGUAGCCGGAUCCAUCCAGAAUGAGCUCCGUCAAGAAGUCGCGGAGGCUCAGGUGCAAUCAGCCGCCUUCUCACCUAAACUUGCGAUAGUGCAAGUGGGCGGUCGCGAGGACUCCAAUGUCUAUAUCAGAAUGAAGCUGAAGGCUGCUCAGAAUAUUGGUGUUGAAGCCGAGCACAUCAAGCUACCUAGUGACAUCACUGAAACCGAAUUGCUGGCAAAGAUCACGAGCUUGAACGAGUCUCCAUCGGUGCAUGGGAUCAUUGUCCAAAUGCCACUGGAUACUGUACACCCAAUAAACCCCCACAUCAUCACUGAUGCUGUGAGCCCGGACAAAGAUGUAGAUGGGCUAAACACAGUGAACGAGGGUCGCGUUGCUGUGGGCGACUUCUCUGGCUUUGUUCCCUGUACUCCUGCUGGCUGCAUUGAACUGAUCAAACGCGCUGGCGUCAGCAUCGCGGGCAAAAAUGUCGUGGUCUUGGGUCGUAGCCGUAUUGUGGGGACUCCUGUCGCCGAGUUACUGAAGUGGGAGAACGCCACUGUUACCGUCUGCCACUCCAAGACUAAGAACUUAAGUGAUAUCACUAAAACUGCUGACAUUCUGGUGGUCGCCAUCGGCAGACCUGAAAUGGUCCGCGGAUCUUGGAUUAAACCUGGAGCGGUCGUCAUCGACUGCGGCAUUAAUGCGAUUGACGAUCCAAGUAAGGCCAGCGGCAAACGUCUAGUAGGCGACGUAGCGUAUGAGGAGGCCGCGCUUGUGGCGUCGCACGUGACGCCGGUGCCGGGUGGCGUGGGCCCCAUGACCGUGGCGAUGCUCAUGCGCAACACCGUGCUGGCCGCGCGCCGCCAGCUUAACCGCUUGCUCGCUCCCACCUGGCCACUCAGACCGCUCAGGAUCACACCUUUAUCGCCGCCACCAAGCGACAUAGUAAUAGCCCGCUCUCAGAAGCCGAAGGACAUUAGCGAGUUGGCUCACGAGAUUGGUCUGUUCCCGAACGAGGUGUCGCAGUACGGACGCACCAAGGCUAAGAUUUCACUCUCUGUGCUCGAACGGUUUAGAAAUACACGCGGCGGGAAGUACAUCGUUGUUGCUGGCAUAACACCCACUCCUCUGGGUGAAGGCAAGAGCACAACCUUGCUGGGUCUGGUGCAGGCCCUGUCCGCUCACCGCGGUCGCAACUCGUUUGCGGUAAUGCGACAACCGAGUCAAGGGCCCACCUUCGGAGUCAAAGGUGGUGCUGCUGGAGGCGGCUACUCACAGGUAAUUCCAAUGGAAGAAUUCAACUUGCACUUAACCGGUGACAUCCAUGCAGUAACCGCAGCAAACAACCUUCUAGCCGCGCAGAUGGACGCUCGCAUCUUCCACGAGCUGACACAGAAGGAUGGGCCUCUGUUCGAUAGAUUGGUCCCCAAGGUCAAGGGAAUCAGGAAGUUUUCGCCUAUCCAGUUGAGAAGGCUCAAACGCUUGGGCAUCAACAAGACCGACCCUGAUAGUUUAACGAAUGAGGAGAAAGUCAAGUUUGCAAGGCUCAAUAUCGACACUAACAAGAUUAUGUGGAACAGAGUUGUGGAUCUGAACGACAGAUAUUUACGAAAGAUUACGGUGGGUCAGUCGCCGACUGAGAAGGGCUUUACUCGUGAAACGGCGUUCGAUAUCUCUGUAGCCUCUGAGAUCAUGGCCAUUCUUGCACUGGGCAAUGACAUCGAUGAUAUCAAGGAACGCCUCGCCAACAUGGUGGUAGCCCUGGAUAAGAAUGGGAACCCUGUUACUGCUGACGAUUUGGGCAUGACGGGCGCGUUACUGGUGCUCCUGCGCGACGCGUUCGAGCCGACGCUGAUGCAGUCGCUGGAGGGCUCGCCCGUGCUGGUGCACACGGGGCCCUUCGCCAACAUCGCACACGGCUGCUCCUCCAUCCUCGCCGACAAGCUCGCCAUGAAGCUGGCCGGCGAGAACGGAUACGUUGCCACUGAGGCUGGCUUCGGUUCAGAUAUAGGUAUGGAGAAAUUCUUCGACAUCAAGUGUCGCGCGAGUGGCGACAAGCCGCACUGCGCAGUGAUCGUGUCCACAGUCAGAGCUCUCAAGAUGCACGGCGGGGGGCCGCCCGUCUCGCCUGGCCAGCCUCUCCACGACGUUUAUGUACAGGAAAAUCUUGAGUUGUUGAGCAAAGGAUUAUGUAAUUUGGGCAAACACAUAAGCAACGGUAACAAGUUCGGAGUACCUGUCGUUAUCGCCAUUAAUAAACAUGGAAACGACACUCUCGCAGAGUUAAAUAUGGUUAAAGAAUACGCACUAAAGAACGGCGCAUUCAGGGCUGUGUUAUGUGACCAUUGGGCCAAGGGUGGGCUGGGAGCCGUAGAACUGGCUGACGCUGUCAUCGAGGCUUGUGAUGCCUCCUCUAACUUCCAAUUCUUGUACUCGCUCGACUUAUCCAUUCAAGACAAGAUCAAGAAGAUUGCCACUGAAAUGUACGGCGCUGGCAAGAUCGAAUACACAGAUGAGGUGAUCGAAAAGAUCAAGCAGUUCACUGAAAUGGGUUACGACAAGUUCCCGAUCUGCAUGGCUAAGACUUCGAACUCACUAACCGGCGACCCAGCUAUUAAGGGAGCGCCCACUGGUUUUACGAUGCGUAUCAACGGUAUAUUUGUGUCAGUAGGAGCAGGCUUCGUUGUGCCCAUGGUUGGAGAGAUCUCCCGCAUGCCUGGGCUGCCUACAAGACCCAGCAUUUAUGACAUAGAUCUGAACACCAAGACCGGAGAAAUUGAAGGAUUGUUUUAA